AAAAAUUUACUGAUUACAUCAUAAUUUUAAAACCGUGGGGGGAUUACUACUAGCCCAUAGAAAACAGCAGUAUACAAGGAUAAAGAUUCCUUCUACGAGGAACAACUUUUAUUUAAAAAAAUAGGAAGAGGAAAAUAACUUCUAAAUUGAAAUUGUGAAUAAAUAAAAAUCAAAUUAUACUUGGCUUAGAGGUUUGUAUCACUUAAAAUUCUAAACAAUUAGUUGCAUGAUCUUGUUUAGUAAUAAUUUCUAUUUUUUUAGACACACUGUCUAAUGUUACUUUGCUUCUAUAUUUCUUACUUGUUAUUGACCUUCUACCAAUAUUUUAGAAAAUCAAAGUUAAUUAUUUAGAACUAAAAAAAACAAUAAAAUUUAUUUUAAUUUUUGAAAUUUGGCUAAAAGGGUUGAUUUUCUUUAGUUUUCAAAAUUGAACAACAUUGGUAGAAAAAUAUCUAAUAAAGUAAAGAAUAAUUCUGAGGUGGGAGGGAUGCAUAUAAACAUAAUGACUUGAUUAUCAAAAAUUAAAAAUUGAAAAUCAAAUUGUCACCAAAACAAUGCCUGAGGUAUUAGGAUUUAUUUGUACUUGAAGGAAUAUUAGAGAUAAAGGUUAGAAUCUAAUUGUCAUCUUAGAUUUAACAUUUCCGUUUUACUAAAGUAAAUCUUAAACUUGACUAAUGAACUUUAUAUAUAUAUAUAUAUAUAUCUAUAUAUAUAUUCGUAAUCAAAUGGUUAGAGUUCUUUGAAUGAGUGGAUGAAAUUAUUUUUGCAUGUUAGUUAAUUUAUCAAUUUUCUUUCUUCAAUCACUGGGACAAUAUGAGUUGAUGAAUUCGAAAACGAUACCUUUUGAUUAUAAGAUAAAUGUCAUUUGACCAAUAUAGACUGUGUACAUAAAUUUCAAUUAUGCCAAAGAAAUAACCAUUUAUUGUUAAUAAAAUAUCAAAUCAUAAGUUUAAUCAAUGAAACUUUCAUCAUUCUGAUUAAUUAGCUAUAUCUCUAAAUUAAAAAAAAAAAAUCUAGCAUCUUCAAAUUUCUGUCUAAAAAAUAUUUGACAUGUUCAACCUUCUACAAAUGACCUAAAUAUUAAACAUGACAUCAAAUGUUGUGAUGAAUAUGGAUAUUCACCUUAAAAUUCAAGUUUUCACAUCAAAAACUUCAACACUAUGUGUUCAUUAGUUUUGUAAAUUUGAGAUUAUGUCAAAUUGUUAAUUGAAUACAAAUAUUGUUAAAGAGAUUUUAUAACAAACAUUUUGGGGUGUUUGAUGCAUAUUAUUAUAGUUUGAGUUAUUAUAAUCUAUAUUUAGGAAAGUAAGAAACAUUGAAAGGAGGGAGUGAAGUAUAGUGAUAUAUAUAAGAGACGAGAGAUGAAGAAUAAUGAAAAGGAGUGAGGAAUAGAAGAAAUAAGGAAAAAAGUAGAAUUGUGAUAAUCUUUAGGACAAAUAUGGAGUGGGCUAAAACGACUCUUUAGGAUUUUGAGACAACUUUAGACCCAAAAUUUAAAAUUUUAAAACUAAAUUAGAUACUUAGAAUACACAAGCUUGUACAAAAACUAGAUUUAAUUUAACCUAGAUUAAUUAAGAAAAUAAACAAAAUGAGUGAAACAUUUUGAAUGGGUGGCUGCCCAUUGUAUAGAAAGAGAGGGCCAAAUAGUAUGAAAACCCACUAAGAAAUUAGUGUAGAGUGUGAGGAAGAAGAGGCCAACUCAGAUAUUUAAAUGCCUUAACGUUGUUACAACACAAACCUCACUCCUUUCCACUACUUGCUAUAUAUGUCAAUCCAAAUCCAACACCAGAACAUAAAGAUAAUAUCAUAACAUUCAAACCAAAAGAAUAAUCCCUCAAAUUCUCCAUCCCCAUCUUCCUCAAAACACAACUCUUGUUCCUCUCAUGGACUCCUCCGCCCCAAACGCCCCCGUUGCCGGCAACAAGAAGCAAACAAAGGGACGACAAAAGAUCGAAAUGAAGAAGAUCGUAAACGAAGACGAUCGGUUAAUUACAUUUUCCAAACGGAGGUCAGGCAUCUACAAGAAGGCAAGCGAAUUAGCUACCUUAUGUGGGGCUGAAGUUGGAGUUGUUGUGUUUUCGCCUGCAGGAAAGCCGUUCUCGUUUGCACAUCCAUGCAUUGAAACCAUCGCAAACAAAUUUCUGAAUGGCAACAAGAACAACAAGGGAAACAACGAUGAUAACAAUAACAACGGCGAUAGUAGCAGCAGCAACAACAACAACAACAAUAGCAACAACAACAACAACAGCAACGCAGCGCACCCGCUCGUAGAGGCUCACCGACGAGUGAGAAUCAACGAGUUGAACCAGCAACACAAUCAACUUCUAAGCCAACUAGAUGCAGAGAAAGAGAAAGGAAAAGCACUUGAGAAGCUAAAAAGGGUAAGAGGAAAUGGGAGAGGUUGGUGGGAAACUCCUACAGAAGAAUUGGGAAUAGAGGAAUUGCAAGAAGUGGAUGCAUCAUUUGGAGAAAUAUAUUCAAAUGUGUGUCAUCAACUGAAACAAAGAGGAGUUAUUGGAUGUUGUUCUUAUAAUAAUUAUAACAACAAUAUGAAUAAUUCCUCUAUGGGAUUUCCAUUAACUAAUGAUCAAUUAGGGGAAGAAACAAUUCCUUUUAACAUUUUGGCAGGAAACGUUCCUCCUCCUCUUUUUCCUCUUCCUCCCCCACCUCCUUAUCUUCCUCCUCCUCCUCAAUUUGAUUUCGGAGAACAACAACAGCAUCCUCAUCCUCAUCCUCCUCCUCAUCCUCAUCCAUGAAGUGAAAACGGGAAGGAUCACCAUCAAAUUUGUCAAAGUCUUCGUGUUUGGGUUUUUAUUUCAUGUAUCAAUAAUAAUCAUGUUGUGUUUUCUUAAUUGUGUGUUUGUGUCUUUGAUCAGGUCUUCUAUGAGUCUAAAAGUUGUUUACUUCUUUUGUGUGUUUGUGUGUCUGUGAGUGUUUUAGGGGAAAGGAGAGCUAGGGUUUGUGUUUUCAUGACACCUUUUCUCUGUCUUCCCAUUUGACUAAUAUGCACUAUGAAACAUCUUUGUUUUUCUAUAAGCUAGUUUAUUUGUGGUA